AUGAUGCAGGAGUCGGCCACAGAGACAAUAAGCAACAGUUCAAUGAGUCAAAAUGGAAUGAGCACCCUAAGCAGCAGCCAAUUAGAGGCUGGCAGUAGAGAUGGGAGAUCAAGCGCUGGUGACACGAGCAGCGAAGUAAGCACAGUCGAGCGGCUGCAUCUGCAACAACAGCAGGCCCUACAAGCAGCGAGGCAAUUACUCUUGCAGCAGCCAGGCAGUGGCCUGAAAUCUCCAAAGAGCCAGGACAAGCAGCGUCCACUGCAGGUUCCCGUGUCGGUGGCCAUGAUGAGUCCCCAGGUGAUCACGCCGCAACAGAUGCAGCAGAUCCUCCAGCAGCAGGUGCUUUCUCCGCAGCAGCUCCAGGCCCUGCUCCAGCAGCAGCAGGCAGUCAUGCUACAGCAGCAACACCUGCAGGAGUUUUAUAAGAAGCAACAGGAGCAGCUUCAUCUGCAGCUUCUGCAGCAGCAGCAUCCUGGCAAACAGCAACAGCAACAGCAGCAGCAGCAGCAGCAGCUGGCCGCCCAGCAGCUCGUCUUCCAGCAGCAGCUCCUGCAGAUGCAGCAGCUCCAGCAGCAGCAGCACCUGCUGAACAUGCAGCGGCAGGGCCUGCUCACGCUGCCGGGGCCGGCGCCCGGCCAGGCCGCCCUGCCCGGCCAGACCCUCCCCCCGGCAGGCCUGAGUCCUGCAGAGCUCCAGCAAUUGUGGAAAGACGUAACCGGAGGAGGCGGUGGCGGCGGCGGCCACGCCAUGGAGGACAACGGCAUUAAACACAGCAACAGUGGCAACGGUCAUGGUGGUGGCGGAGGCGGCGGAGGUGGUGGUGGCGGCGGCGGCUUGGACCUCUCCACCAACAACUCUUCUUCAACUACCUCCUCCUCCAAUCCCGCAAAAGCGUCGCCUCCCAUCUCACACCACUCCAUCGCCAACGGACAGUCGCCCGCCCUCAACCACAGACGAGAGAGGGAUUCACUACAUGAAGAAAGUGGCAGCACCCAUCCGCUGUACGGUCACGGCGUGUGCAAGUGGCCCGGCUGUGAGAACAUCUGCGAGGAAUUUGGACAGUUUUUGAAGCAUCUAAACAAUGAACACGCCCUCGACGAUCGGAGCACAGCUCAGUGUCGAGUCCAGAUGCAAGUCGUACAGCAGCUAGAAAUACAACUUUCUAAAGAACGUGAGCGUCUUCAGGCGAUGAUGACCCACUUGCACAUGCGGCCCUCGGAACCUAAGUCAUCUCCCAAACCACUCAACUUGGUGUCCAGCGUCACCAUGUCCAAGAACUUGCCCUCGGUAUCGCCGCCGAACUUACCUCAGACGCCCACCACGCCCACGGCACCCAUCACGCCCAUGGCCGCCAUGCCCCAGGUGCCGUCGAUACUGGGAGGAGCCAACGUCCCCAGCAUGGGCGCCAUGCGCAGACGCCACUCGGACAAAUACUCCAUGCCCCUGUCUUCAGAGAUCGCCCCAAACUACGAGUUUUAUAAGAACGCAGAUGUCAGGCCGCCAUUUACUUAUGCAACCCUCAUAAGACAGGCUAUCAUGGACUCUGCCGACAUGCAGUUAACGCUUAAUGAAAUCUACAGCUGGUUCACGCGCACGUUCGCCUACUUCAGACGCAACGCCGCAACUUGGAAGAACGCCGUUCGCCACAACCUCAGCCUGCACAAGUGCUUUGUGCGCGUGGAGAACGUGAAGGGCGCGGUGUGGACGGUGGACGAGGUGGAGUACCAGAAACGCAGGUCGCAGAAGAUCACAGGAAGCCCAUCACUUGUCAAGAACUUGCCCUCCAGUCUUGGCUAUGGAAGUGCACUAAACGCGAGCCUACAGGCUGCCCUGGCCGAGACCUCCCUGCCUCUGCUCGGGACCCCCGGCCUUAUGACCAGCGGCUCCACGGGCCCGAUGGGGAUGCUGGGCGGCAGCCCCCCAGGCAUGCUGAGCGGCAGCCCCCCAGGCAUGCUGCAGUCGGCCCACGAGGAGCUCAACGGCUCGCUUGACCACCUGGACACCAACGGACACGGCAGCCCCGGGUACUCACCACCGGUACACAUGCCGCCCAUCCACGUGAAGGAGGAGCCGCUCAACAUGGACGACGACGACUGCCCGAUGUCGCUAGUGACGACGGCCAAUCACAGUCCGGAGCUGGAGGAGGACCGGGAGCUGGAGGAGGGGAACUUAUCGGAGGACCUCGAGUGA